CGGCGGCGGCGGCGGCGCGCGCUGCGGGCAGAGAGUGUGGAGGCGCGGACGCGCGGCGGAGCUCGAGCUGCUGCAGCUGCUGCGGCCGCCAGAGUAACCUCGAUCCCCGAGCUCCGGACGCCCGGUGCCUCGCCAUGGCUGACCAGCUGACCGAAGAACAGAUUGCAGAGUUCAAGGAAGCUUUCUCCCUGUUCGACAAGGAUGGAGAUGGCACCAUUACUACCAAGGAACUGGGGACUGUGAUGAGAUCGCUGGGCCAGAAUCCCACUGAGGCCGAGCUGCAGGACAUGAUCAAUGAGGUGGACGCUGAUGGGAAUGGGACCAUUGACUUCCCAGAGUUCCUGACCAUGAUGGCCAGAAAGAUGAAGGACACAGACAGUGAGGAGGAGAUCCGAGAGGCCUUCCGUGUCUUUGACAAGGACGGGAAUGGCUAUAUCAGUGCCGCCGAGCUGCGUCACGUUAUGACGAACCUGGGGGAGAAGCUGACGGACGAGGAAGUGGAUGAGAUGAUCCGAGAGGCUGACAUUGAUGGAGAUGGCCAGGUCAAUUAUGAAGAGUUUGUCCAGAUGAUGACUGCGAAGUGAAGGCCCGGGCAGCUGGCCAUGCCCGAUCUCCUGGUCUCUUCUCGCGCUCUCCUGUCCUCAACACUCCCCUGCGUACCCGGUUCUAGCAAACACCAAUUGAUUGACUGAGAUCUGAUAAAGCAACAAAAGAUUUGUCCCAAGCUGCAUGACUGCUCUUUCCCUUCCUCCUGACUGUCCCUCCAUACCCUCAUCGCUUCCUUUGGCCUCCCCGUCCAUUCCCAUUUUCCAGGCCUGAUGCAUUCAUAAGGUGAACCCCUUGCCCUGGGGAGCCUCUGCCCUCCUCCUCCUCCAGCCCGGAUGGCUCUCCUCC